UACGUGGCAAUUAACGUAAUUGCACGAAUCUCACUGCAGAGAACAUCUCCCUUUUGCCCCCAAAACAUUUCUCUAUUAAGAAAGAAAGAACAGAAAACCCCUGUGAAAGAAAUCCCAGUCCCUGUGUGCGCGCGUGUGUGUGUGUGUGUGUGUGAGAGAGAGAGAGAGAGAGAGAGAGAGAGAGAGAGAGAGAGAGAGAGAGAGAUGGAUGAUGGGCUUGAAGCCAUGGAAAUGGCAGAAGAUUUACCUGAGUUUACAUUAACAGAGAUUCUGGAAAUGGAGCGCUUAUUUAAACAAAUGAGAGAUAAACCGAUUAGUCGGGAGUUCUGCGAAGAACUUUCCGCAAAGUUUAGCUGUUCAGCUCACCGUUUCGAAAAAUCUCCUAUAAAAUGGGAGCAGGUGCAAAGUUGGUUUCAAGAUAAGCAAAAAAAUUCGGGAGCCAUAGUUAUCCCAUCUCCUCACAAAGGAAUUAUCGUCUCAAAGGCUGCAAUACUUAAAAAACGAGAUAAAGUAACAACAAUUUCUGCUACCCAAGCAGCUGCCGAGCUCCCAAACUUGCUUUUCGAAGCUAGAUCGGCAAAGGAUUAUGCUUGGUUUGACGUCGGUUCUUUCCUGACCUACAGAGUCAUCAGCUCAGGAGAGCUGCUGGUUCGUGUGAGAUUUGCUGGAUUCGGGAAAGAGGAAGAUGAAUGGGUUAACGUAGAGAGGGCUGUACGUGAACGCUCACUCCCUCUGGAACCUUCCGAAUGCGACAAAGUCCAUGUUGGAGAUCUUGUUCUUUGCUUCAGGGAGGCUGAAGAUCACGCUCUUUACUGCGAUGCACAUGUGGUGGAAAUAAAGAGGUUGUUGCACGAUAGUAGUAGAUGCACGUGUCUCUUUGUUGUUCGUUAUGACCAUGACAAUGUUGAGGGGAAGGUCCCGUUACACAAACUGUGCUGCAGGCCAGCUAAAUCGGUUUCCAAAGGAAAUGAAUUCAAGAUUCUCGAUGUAUCAACGGAGUUUAUGAAUUUCAAAUAUAACGUGUAAAAUGACCUUAUAUUCGCCAGUUUCGACUAUCACUUAUAUUAAUGUUUUUGGAAGGAAAAACAAGAAUUGAUGUCUUACUUCAAACAUAAAAUUCCAAUUUUGCUGCAAUUUGUGGGUAAAUGGAAAAGUUCUUGUUUUCGGCAU